AUGAUUAUCAACGAUGAAGACCAUGAGUUACACCGCAGCUACACGCCCGCGGUCUUGGAGGUUACUACAGAGGCCAAGAAGGACUUCCGGAAUCCCAAGUUCCGGUCGUUGGCAGAGGUGUACAGGGAGAGUCUCUCGGCUUUGGCCCAAGACAAUUUGCGGCUUCGGGAAGAAUUGGGCCUCGACAUGGAAACCCCCUUGGACUGGGACUCUGAAUCCUCCGAAGAGGAGGUCGCUGGUUCAUUGCCUGGUCCACAAAAUGCCUCCUUUCUCCGUAGCACCUCUGUCCCUAACCUCGGAUCCAAGGUGAGUUUAGAUGCAGAAUUGCGAAAGUCGACGUCUUAUGUUUCACGUCGACAUGUGCUUCCCAUGUAUCUUCAUUCUCCACUUGACAAGGCAACAUCAUCACAGUUCCAGGCAACCUUGGUGCAAGACCUACGGCGCUUCUCAGAGUUUCAUGAAAUGGGAGAUCUUCAAAGCGACGAGGGGGCGAUGAGUUGCUAUGAUAUGAUCGUCAACCUGCUGGUUCAGUUCAGGCUGCCGCUCAGUCCUAAUUCGGAGAUCCCCUUGGUGUGGGAUAUGAUGGGAUUGUGCUUCAUUGCAUACGAUGUUUUCGCCAUCCCGUUGCAAGCUUUUCCACUGGAGGAGGAGGACGUUCCGUUUUUAUUGACCAUGGGUUGGAUCACCUUGUGCUUUUGGACCUGCGAUAUUGUGAUGAGCAAUCUGGUGGGAUAUUUCAAUGGUCCGGAGCUGGUGAUGCAGCAAUUCCGCAUCACGAAGCGCUACUUGAAGACCUGGUUUCUCCUGGAUGCCAUUGUGGUGAUACCAGACUGGUUCACCCGUCUAGCACAGGAUGGGGGUUCUGAACAGCUGGCCAAUGUGGGACGCAUCAUUCGCUCCGCGCGUGCGGUGCGAGUCAUACGCCUGCUUCGUCUGCUGAAACUUCAGAAAAUGCUGAACAAGAUCUAUGAUUUUAUCGAUUCUGAAUAUCUCUUCAUCGUAAUGGACAUCCUACGACUGUUGCUCUUCAUCAUUGUGCUGAACCAUGUGAUCGCUUGCCUUUGGUACCUGGUGGGCUACAUAGGCUACGACGAAGGUCAGCUGAACUGGUUGCAGCAUACCGGCUAUCGCACCAAUGACAGCGUGGAUGGCUACGAGCAGGUCAUCAAGGGCGAAGUGCCCUGGCAAUACUUGACGGCGCUGCAUUGGAGCCUCACUCAAUUCACUCCAGCAGGUAUGGAUGUCUUCGCGCGAAAUGUGGGGGAGCGUAUCAUGUCCGUCAUCGUUCUUGGCUUCGCCGUCAUCAUCUUUUCCUCCGUGCUGGCGAGUGUGAGUGCAUCCAUGACUGCAUUGCGCAACCUUCAGGGCGAUACGAAGAAGCAGUUCUGGCUGCUUCGAAGAUAUCUGCGAAAGAAGAAGGUGACGGUGCCCUCACGGGUUCGCAUCAUCAAGUUCCUGGAACACGUCACCAUGCUUCAGGCCAAAACGGUGAAGAUUGGUGACGUGAAGUUGCUGAAGCGACUCAGUAAGCCCCUGGCAGAGUUGCUGUCCUAUGAGAUCCACAAGGAAACGGUCAUGACCUAUCCCUUCUUGAGAUACGUUGGAGGUGUCCUGCAAUCCGUAUUGGUCAAGCUGUGCUCUACUGCUGUGAAGCAGGUGCAGCUUGCCCUCCAAGACUGCAUCUUCCGUGCAGGUGACCUCGGAGAGUACAUGCAUUUUGUUUGCAGUGGGCAAGUGCGGUAUGCAUGGCCCGGGUCACAAACCCCGGAGGAGCUGAAGGAGGGGACGUGGCUUGCCGAGCCAUGCCUUUGGACGCAGUGGAGCCAUUGCGGAGUGUGUGUGGUGUCCGCCCAGCCCACUCUGUUGCUGCUACUCUCGCCGAAGGCUUUUGCUGAUGUCAUGCGCUUGAGCCAAUGCUCCUACAUCCUUUGCAGGCGUUUCGCCUUCAACUUCGUCUCCUUGAUGAACACGUCCCCGAGUAGUGCCCAAUCCGACUUGCCUUGGGAUUCCGAAGAGAUUCGGCAGAUCACCAACGAGAGCGCGAUCGCCUGUGGUUUGGCGGGUCUUCAGCCUGCACGGCCCAAGCGCCGUUCCCGGCGCAUCUCACAGCUGAUGACCUGGUCCAAGUGA